AUGGAUCAGCCAUCAUUCGAUCGAUUCGUCAUCAAAGCUCAUCAAUUACAAGCCCUCAUUUCAGAGCGUCCAAACUUUCGAUCUCAUCUAUCAUCAGAGCAGCUACAAGCUAUUUCUCACGUCACAACGAACGCUGCGCGACCUGAUUCUACAUCGCCGAUCAUCCCUCCGAAUUGGAAAAACAAAUAUUCAAACGCAGUCGCGAGUGCAGAAGCUGUACAUACCCAGCUGCCAGAAUUCACUGCCUACCGUCAUCAGUCAGAAAAAUCAAGUUCAGGCGCGAGUCACGAAGUGAGUCACACGCUAGUCUCGCGUCCGUGCACACCUGCCGUCGCGUCAACCACACCCAACCCACCCAUCCCACAGCAACGCGUCAAUUCAGCCUCGACCUCCAACAUCAUGGCGCAAUCCAAUCCCAGCCAGAAUCAGAAUGUAGGCAAUGUCGGUAAUGUUACAAUGUCUCCUGAGCAAUUCCAGCAAUUCAUGAACGGUUUACUCGCGCGCGCGCCUGCUGCUCCCGUCGCGCCUGUUGGCAAUGGCGAAGAUCGAUUUCAAGAUCGUUUCCGCCCGCAGGAUCUCGGUUAUUUCGAUCCAGAUAAUGAUGCCAAACCUUCCGAGUCUACUGACGGCAAAACCACUUACCAUAAUGUCUUCAGCUUCACUGCACGCGUUCGAGUCAAAUCGCAGAACGUCACAAAUGGCCCGUGGUCUAGUAUCAAUCUCGCCGCAAAGCUUGACCAAUGUCUGAAAGGUAAAGCAGAGCUUUGGUACACCAACGAAAUCUCAGCCACCACCCGCGCCGGCCUCAAGACUGGCAUCGAUCUCUGGUGCUCGGAGCUCGAGACGCGUUUCCGUGAUGCACCUGGCGCUGCACUUGAGAAACUUGAAGCGUCCAGAUAUACCAUCCGUGAUGUCCGUUCACGAAAAGAUCCAGAGGAUUUCGUCCAGGAUAUCAUUGUACAGGCGCAGAAUGCUGGCACAGCAUUAUCAGAGCGCGCCCAGAUCUUGACAGCCUACCAGCAUCUUGAUGCACAAUUGCGUGUCACUUUACCCACACCCGCUGACAACACCCGGAUGACUGAUUUCAUCAAACAACUUACCGCAGCUAAGUCCAACUGGUUUGACAUUUAUCGGCCUUUCCCGCAACAACCACAGCAACCAAGUAAGAUGCAUUUCAAUUGGGACCGCAGACAGCAGACAUUCCAGCAGAAUCGUCCUCAAUUUCAAUCCAAUUCUUCUUACCGUCCAGGCUUUCAGUCACAACGUCCAAUUGCGCAGUCGCAAUUCUCUUCUCAAGCUCAAUUUCAGUCUUCCAGACCCUUUUCCUCUCAGCCUCAACGGCAACUGUCAUCUCUAUCUUCUCAGUCUGCAUCGCGACAACCUUUCCCUUCAUCUCAAUACAAUCCUGCAUCGCGCCAGACAACUGAACAUACUGACACCCACAUCAAGGAAGAGAAUACAUCUGGCUGGCAUAGGCAACCGCCCCAGCGCAAAACUUUCAACCAGCCGCAACGCUCAGGAAGAAGUUACAAUACCCAACAUCAGGAGGCAUCACAGGAGCAGGAAGACACAAUGCCCGACCCGUUUGAUGCAGUCUACUUCGAAGAUGCUGAAGCAUACAUGGACGACCCCCAACCUGAUGAGUCGGAACAUUACCCACCUGACGAAAUUUCCGACCCUGAUGCUGCCGCGCAUUUCAUCAAUCCCACCUAUUAUGCUCCUACGCGCCCCAGCCAUACCGGAAAUGCACCCCAACAUCUCGCGAUUGCAACGCGUUCUCCCGCUGUUCAAUCUCUACAACCAUUGCGCAAGGGCGUCACAACACAUAUUGCCCCCCAGCCUGCCAUUGCAGAAAUUGCGCCGAUCAUCUGCGUGACAUGCCUCCAACAUUUUGACUCUCGAAACAAGCUACAUGAACAUAUUCGGACAUGUCACAAGAAUGCGCGCUCGGGCGCCAGAUCCCCGCGCGUCAUACCUAUCCGACAUCCGCCGGCACCAAUUCCCUCGUCACCAGCUUCAUCAGCACCAGCUUCAUCUUCUAUGCAAGCUCAGGAUGGUUCGGCACAGGGUGAAGGUCAAAUGCAUGUCGUGACAUCCACGGCGCCCCCAAGUCUCGCUGAGCCAGGCUAUGCUUUCCGCGGCCGUCGCUAUGCACAGGUCAUGCUCAAACUUGGCAGCCCGCAUAAUGAUCCAGAAUCGGCUUGCCUCGACACUGGUUGUGGCAUGUCAUUGAUUGAUCGCGGCUUUCUGCGCAAGUAUGCUCCUACCGCAGUCAUUCAAACUAUGCCUACCCCGAUGACAGUCCGCGGAAUCGGAGAUCGUCAACAUAAUGCAAAUCAAUUCACUAUCAUUGACUUCUACCUCCCAACUAGCACACAUAUUGUCGCGCACUUUCAUCGUGAAAUUCAUAUCGUAGACGACCUUGAUGCUAAUGUUCUAUUGGGACUUGACAUUGCUGUCCCCGAGGGUUGGAACAUCGACCUCGAUGCACAAGUCGUGACAUUACCACAUUGCUCCGGUGUCAAACUGCCCAUCAUCACCCACGCAAAAGGUCCUGCAUCGCACACGCCUAUUUACACUGCAGACGUAUGUAAGUUGCAGCCUCAUUCGCGACGCAUGGUGAAAGUUUCUGGCCAUAAGGGUAUCCCACUGGAAUUCCCGGUCGCCCGUGACCUCAUUUACCAACCACAACAGCAAGAUACUGUCACCACGUAUGCGCAUCUCAUCGAUCACACCUGUUCCGCAGUCCUCGUCGAGAACAAUUCUGAGGAGAUCAUUUCAUUGCCUGCAAAUAUGCUUCUCGGUCAUGUCUCAGACCCCGAUGAUGUUGAUGCAAUGUCGCCGAUCCCGGAAAUUGAAACCUACCACCUCGCUGCUGUUUGGCCUACAAAACGUUCCUGGGCUAAGCUACUCUGCAAAGGCGCUCUCGCAUCUGCCACAGCUACCGCACUAUACUCGGCUCCGGCAUUGUCCAGUUCCCAACUGGCGAUGCAUUCUACCACGCGUACUGAAAUGAUCCUGAGCAAUGGCGUCACAGUCUUCGGCUCAAGCCACCAGCAACCUGCCCUUCAAACCCUUGUGUCAGAAUUCGCCUCGCUUUGGGACAGUAACUCCAGCUCUACCUUUGCUAAGACCCCACAUGGUGAAGAAAUGCAGCUCCCCCUCAUUGACAAUUGGGAAACAAAAUACAAACCUGGCCAGGCGCGCGUCUACGCCGUUGGCAGAGAAGAUCGUCGAGUCAUUGAUGAGGUUUUUGAUGAACUGCAUCGCCAAGGUCGAUUGCGCUGGACCUCUGAAUCGACCCCAUUCACAUUUCCCUGUUUUGUUGUCUGGAAGAAAAGUGAUGCUGCCACACCACGGAAAGGACGCGUUGUCAUUGACAUUCGCGCCCUCAACCACAUUACAAUGCCCGACGCCUAUCCCAUUCCCUCCCAAGCUGAUAUCCUCGCUGCCAUCGCUGGCUGUCCUUACAUCUCCACAAUCGACUGUGCCUCAUUUUUUUACCAAUGGAAAGUGAAGCAAUCUGAUCAGCACAAACUUACAGUCGCAAGCCAUCGGGGACAAGAAACUUUCAACUGCGCUGUCAUGGGGUAUCGAAAUUCGGUCGCAUAUGUCCAACGCGUCAUGGACACUCUGCUACGACAGUCACGCAGUUUCGCCAGAACGUAUAUCGAUGAUAUUGUCAUCUUCUCGCGGACCUUCAAAGACCACCUUCAGCACCUCAGAGCAGUCUUCACCAAACUGGCGGCCCACUCGAUUCACCUCUCCGCAAAGAAAUCAUUCCUUGCCUACCCGUCUGUCCAGCUACUCGGUCAACGUGUUGAUGCACUCGGCCUCGCCACAGACCAAGAGAAAUUGCGCGCUAUUUCACAUCUCUGCUUCCCACGUUCACUCAAACAACUUGAAUACUACCUCGGCCUCACAGGUUACUUGCGACAAUAUAUUCGCGGCUAUGCCCAGCUGUCCCAACCACUACAACUCCGCAAGUCCGAUCUGUACAACGCGCUACGCGCCAAAGGUCAUGUCAAAGGCACCAAGAGGAAACGAGAAGCAGGCAAACAACCACUCCCCAAUCCAACGCAAUCUGAAGUGAAUGCCUUCCAAAACCUUCAAGGCGCGUUUGCGACUCCUCACAUUCUACAUCAUUUCGAUCCAACACAGCGUUUAUAUACCGACCUCGACGCGUCAAUUCAAGGCUUCGGCGCGUUUGUCUACCAUUCAACAUCAGACCCGCCCACCCAGAAGUCUAUCCGGCCAAUCCUAUUCCUGUCGCGUGUCCUCAAGUCUGCAGAGACGCGAUAUUGGCCCACAGAACUCGAGAUCGCCGGUCUUUGCUGGACGAUCAGUAAGAUUCGACAUAUGAUAGAAGCUGCAUCGCUUCCUACAAUUGUCUACACAGAUCAUGGCGCCUCUCUCCAGAUUGCAACCCAGACAUCAAUGAAUACAACUUCGCUGGUCCGGAUGAACACACGUCACGUCCGAGCAUCCGAAUACCUCUCCCGCUUCAGACUUGAGAUCCGUUACAAGCCAGGAAGAAAGAACACGGUCCCGGAUGCUCUAUCUCGGCUCGCGCAGUCACCUACAUCUAUCCCCAACAACCCUCAAUUGCGCGCAACUCACCAGGCUAGAAACCUUCUAUCUCCGCCAACUUCUUCCUCCUCAGAUAUCCCAUCUUCUUCCCCAGGAUUCCUGUCACCUUCGCCAGCUGCCACACCCGGGAACAAUUCAGCUUCGCCUCUCGCGCGAUCUCAGAAUUCCCGCCAGACAUCAGAUUUCCUCCCGGCUACAUCGCGCCCCAAAUCUAUAUUGUCGGGCUCAAUUGUCACAAUGCCGCCAUCGCAGUCUUCCCCAGCUACAUCGCGACACAUUGCGGCAGUAUCUAGCGGAAAUUCGGACAUCGAGCUUGCAUACCCAGCAGUCGUCGUACAAAUCAGCCCAGAAUUCCUACAACGCCUCAGAACAGAAUACAUAAGGGAUUCACGAUGCGUGAAGCUGCUUGAAAUCAUCCAGCAGAACAAUCAGCUGCCAGAAGAAAAUCGUGCGCGGCUACCAUUCUACACUGCCCGUGGCAUCCUCUAUGCCAAACCGGAUGUGCUACAUCAUCACCGCCGUCCAGUAGUUCCCAAAGCUAUGGAGCAUGACAUAUUCGACAAUGCGCAUGACCAGCUGGGGCAUCCCGGAUAUGAUCGAGUUCAUGAGAGAAUUGCGGGCAAUUUUUAUAUUUUCAAUGCCAGCAAGCGUCUCCGCGAAUACCUUUGGCAUUGCCACCACUGUCGCGUCGCAUCCACGCCACGCCACCAGCCAUUUGGCGCGUUGCAACCGAUCAUCUCUCCCCCCAAGCUGUUUCAUACUAUCUCCAUCGACUUCAUCCUGGCCUUGCCGACGAGCAUUGACGGCUAUGACGCUGCCAUGAGUGUCACCGAAAAAUUUGCGAAGCCUGUCACAAUCAUCCCCGGCAAGUCUACAUGGACGGGUGCUCAGUGGGGUUGGGCGCUCAUAGAUCGGCUGCUGCUUCUGCUGUGGGGGAUGCCAUCCGCAAUUAUUUCUGAUCGCGACCCAAAAUUUCUCGGUGAGCUAUGGCAAUCUAUCUUUCUUCGCAUGCACACGCGAUUACUCUUCACCACUGCCUAUCAUCCAUCCGCAGACGGCGCUUCAGAACGAUCCAACCAGACCAUCGAAAUUGCGCUGCGAUACUAUCUCACGACUCUUGACGAUAUCACCAAGUGGCCAGAAGUUCUCCCUCGACUCAGCGCUGCAUUGAGUAACUCGACAUCACGGGGCACUGGCCAACCUAGCACUGUCGUGCUAUACGGAUCUCGGAUUCAAGAACCACUCGAUGUCGUUGCACGGCAACUCAUUGACAUCGGCGAGGAUGAUAUUGCGCCCCAUGAGCACGAUGCGGAGCAUCAAACAGCUUUUCCAAUCGAGCCAGCGACCAUUGCGAAUUACAGACCGUCACACAUCGACGCGCAUGACGCAAUUAUGUUAGCAGCAAUGACUAUGAAGCGGCAAUACGAUGCACACCAUAAGCCAAUGUUCUUCAAACCUGGAGAGUUUGUAGCAUUGCGACUACAUCGCGGGUAUUGUGUACCAGGCCUCAAAGAACGGAACAUCAAAAUAGAGCAGCAGUUCGCAGGACCAUUUAAGAUCAUCGAAAGAGUCGGCCGUCUCGCGUAUCGCAUUGAGUUACCCCCGACAAUGAAAAUACAUCCAGUCAUUAGCAUUGCACACCUCGAGCCAGCUCCUAAUCCUGCAGAUGAUCCCUUUAUGAGACCUUUCUCGCAGACAAUAUUACAAGAACCCAUUGCUGAGAAGAUUCUACGAGUACGCCGUUUGCGACGAGCGCAUGGAAGCGAGUUUGUCCAGUAUCUGAUACGGUUUCAAGGACUCUCGGCGGAAUAUGACAGGUGGAUGAAAAGCACGGAUGUAUCGCGGGAAAUGAUCAUGGCGUUUGAAAGGGCUUUGCAGAACUGA